GUUCCCUGAAAAAGGAAAACGGGGUUUCCAAAGGAUUGCGGCCACUAGAACACGACGCGAUCACAAAAGCCAACUCGUCAGAAACCGUGAACUGACGCAUACCUACCGGCACAGAUCCCGUGGCAACCCCGGCACGACGCACGCGCCCGCCGCCACCCGCCACCGGUCGCGGCGGCGAAAAGAGAGCGCCCGCCCGCCUGCCGCGGCACCGGCAGGCGAGGCUGGCUCCGUGGCUCGGCUUGGCUAGCGCGGCCCACACCAAUAUGCCGCUUGAUUGAAGCCGAGCCAGAGCCUAGCCGAGCAGCCCUGCCCAGCGCCCCAGCCUCCAGGCAGAGGCCACCAUCCACCACAACACGCCUCCGCGUCGACGACGACCCCUUCGCUCGCCCGCGAAUCCUCCCCCUCCGCCACCGUUCCGUCACUCGCGUACGGCGGCGAGGGUUCCCCAGUAAGCCUCUCCUGGUUCCCGGCGGUUUCCCCCGACCCAACCCCAUCGAAACAAAUCGUCUUCAGAAAUUUCUCCUUUUAUUUAACCGCAAUCCGCAGCCACUGAGCAACAGCAGUGUUUACUGAAUUUCAGCAAUAGAUUCCAGUCUCCGUCUCUCUUAAUUCUGCCAACUUAUCCGAUAGCGUUUAUUUUUCACCUGUAAUUUUACCUUUUGGUACCUCGAACGCAAAUUUGAAAUUUCUUUCACCAAAUCAUGAUUCUGAUUUGAUCGGAGAACAGAAAAGGGAAAAAAAUCCAUAGAUUGUUGCAUGUUCAGAUGGACAACUUUAACCAAUGCAAUCAUCUUGGCUUUUCCAUUCAUUACAGAUUGACUCAAGAGACAUGAAUGGAGGCGUGGCGCCGCAGACCCCGCCGGACAGCCCCUCCAUGGAUGCCGGUGUCGCCAAGCCGCCGCACCACCACCUCACCUCGAUUCGCCACUGCGCCAGCAGCGCGCGCAUCGCCGCCGCCGCCGCCGCGUCGUCCCCCGACUACGGCCUGGAUUUGGGGACGCUGAGCUUGAUCUCGCCCACCGACGUCCGGACUGGGUUCCUGCCCGUCUUCCGAUCGGGGAGCUGCGCUGAGAUUGGGCCCAAAUCGUAUAUGGAGGACGAGCACGUCUGUGUGGACAACCUCAUCGAGCACCUCGGGGGGCGCGCCGCCGGCAUCCCUGCCCCGGGCGCCUUCUACGGGGUGUUUGAUGGUCAUGGCAGUACAGAUGCAGCAUGUUUUGUUCGCAAGAACUUACUCAAAUUCAUUGUUGAAGAUAUGAAUUUCCCCACGAACGUUGGAAAGGCAAUAAGAGGUGCAUUUCUGAAGGCUGAUCAUGCACUAGCAGAUUCCCAUUCCCUUGAUAACAAUUCCGGAACCACUGCAUUGACGGCUCUUAUAUUUGGCAGGACACUGUUCGUUGCAAAUGCAGGUGAUUGCCGAGCUGUCCUAGGAAAAAGAGGUAGAGCAGUGGAACUAUCAAGAGACCAUAAACCCACCUGCAAGAGUGAGAAGAUUAGAAUUGAAAAACUAGGUGGUACUGUUUUUGAUGGCUAUCUCAAUGGUCAGCUAGCAGUAGCAAGGGCACUUGGAGACUGGCACAUGAAAGGCCCAAAAGGCUCAAUUAGCCCUCUGAGUGCAGAACCUGAGUUGCAGGAGAUUGUGCUUUCUGAAGAAGAUGAGUUCUUAAUAAUAGGCUGUGAUGGGCUUUGGGAUGUGAUGACCAGUCAAUGCGCUGUGUCGAUCGUAAGGAAAGAACUGAUGCAACACAAUAACCCAGAGAAGUGCUCUGGCGAGCUAGUCCAGGAAGCGCUGAAACGGGAUAGUUGUGAUAACUUGACCGUUGUGGUUAUAUGUUUCUCAUCCAAUCCACCCCCUCAAAUUGAGAUCCCAAGGCCCCGUGUACGAAGAAGCAUUUCCUUGGAAGGGUUGCAUUUACUCAGGGGAGCUCUGGACAGUAAUGCCUGAUCUCAGUCCAUUCUUUCACUAGCCAUUUCAUGUUUUAUCAUACAAUUUUGCACGAAUAAAUCCCGUAGAAUUACGAGAAAUUUUGUCGAGAGGAUUUAGGCUAAUUAUUUGCAGAAUUGAGGUAUAACUUAAUUGUAUUGGUAAGCAAGGUUUUUAAUGUCAACAGUGUAAUUAUCAGUAAUCUCUUUUCUUUUGGUGCA